GGGGGGGGGGCAAGUGAAACUCGGAGAAACGACUGGAACAACAAAACAAGAGGCUACAACCUACUGAUGCGUCUCAAAUGAUCAUUCAGACAUCAUCUUCGAGUGUACUAGGGCGAAAGAGGCACGGGGGUGUGACGUGUCCUUCUCUUCAUCCGUUUAGUUCAUAAUAAUCCUUUUAAGAAUAUUAGUCUUAGCGAGCUGAAACCUUUGGACAUCUUGUUAGCAUGUUAGCUUGUUAGCAUGUUAGCCUGACAGCUAGCUGUGGAUAAACGGGGUAUUAAUUCUGUAUCAGUGUUUCUUCACUGCUGAAACUACCGUCGCUCGAUUUGGAAAACAACAGUCGUGUUAAUCUGUAGGGAUAAGACUAAAAACGGACAAGAAUAAAAAUAAAUAAGAGAGAUUAGUUAAAUCCGUCAUUGUAUUGUAAUUCUCGUUAAAGAGUCGGUUGUUUGCACGUAAACCGAGUCUUAUCCAACCAAGUGAAUCUUUAUGUGUAGCUUAAAUACUAAAAUAUAAUAUAUCGGUACUAUUUGCAUCUACUAAUAGGUUGUUAAAAAAUAGUAUUUUUAUUUGAUUUAUAAAGUUUGUUAGCUAAACAGUGUGUGCAUAGCCCAGUUUAAAGAGCAGCCUGUGUAGUUUGGACGCUGGACACUGCUGCCAUGCCUUUGGUGUUUCUGGAGAGAUUUCCAUGGCCCAGUUUGCGGACUUACACUGUUUUGAGUGUAGUGCUGCUGGCUGGGACUUUGUUCAGUUCCUACACGACUGAAGCUCCAUCUGCAGAAGAUCAGAGCAGCUCUAUAGAUGACAUUAAAGUGAAGCAAGCUGACAGUAAUGACAGUCUGAUCAACUAUAUACUGCGCAAUCUCAUCACUGACAGCUUGUUUGUUUGGGUUCUAGUGAAUACUGCUUGCUGUGUCCUUAUGCUGAUUGCCAAAGUGAUACAGUGCAUUGUUUUCGGUCCUCUGAGGGUCAGUGAGAAACAGCACUUGAAGGACAAGUUCUGGAACUUCAUCUUUUAUAAAUUCAUCUUCAUAUUUGGGGUGCUGAAUGUGCAGACCGUUGAAGAGGUGGUGCUGUGGUGUUUAUGGUUUGCUGUUCUAAUCUUCCUUCAUCUCAUGGUCCAACUCUGUAAAGAUCGCUUUGAAUAUCUGUCUUUUUCUCCAACAACUCCAAUGAGCAGUCAUGUGCGAGUUCUGGCCCUGCUGGUGUCCAUGCUGCUGUGCUGUGGGGGUCUAGCGGUGCUCUGUAUCCCUGGUGACUAUCUCCAGAACAUGCAUUCUGUUGCUUUUAUGGCUGCUGAGUGUUUACUUGUUACUGUGCGCACUGGACAUGUUAUUACGAGGUACUCGAUUCACUUGUGGGACCUGAACCAUGAAGGCACCUGGGAAAGCAAAGGCACAUAUGUCUACUAUACUGACUUCAUUAUGGAGCUCACUCUCCUCUGCCUAGACCUGAUGCAUCACAUCCACAUGCUGCUCUUUGGAAAUAUCUGGCUGUCGAUGGCCAGCCUGGUGAUCUUUAUGCAGCUUCGCUACCUCUUCCAUGAGGUGCAGAGGAGAAUCCGUCGCCACAAGAACUACUUGCGUGUCAUUGACAAUAUGGAGUCCAGAUUUGCAGUAGCAACUCCAGAUGAGCUUCUUGCCAAUAAUGAUGACUGUGCAAUCUGCUGGGACUCUAUGACCUCAGCACGGAAAUUGCCCUGCGGACACCUUUUUCAUAGUUCAUGUCUGCGCUCAUGGCUAGAGCAAGACACAUCCUGUCCAACAUGCCGCACGUCACUGAACAUUAACGAGGGCGUGAGAGAGAGGGAGGUUGGGCAGAGGGCACCAGCUGAUGACAACAUGGCGGCAGCGCCUGUAAAUGAUGUCCGGCCUCACCUCAACCAGCACAACCAUUUCUUUCACUUUGAUGGCUCACGAAUUGCUAGCUGGCUUCCAAGCUUCUCUGUGGAAGUUAUGCAUACAACCAACAUCCUGAGCAUUGCUCAAGUCAACAACUCGCAGCUCAGUACAAUGGCCCAUCAGAUACAGGAGAUGUUCCCUCAGGUUCCUUACCAUUUGGUGCUGCAUGAUUUGCAGCUCACUCGCUCUGUGGAAGUCACAACUGACAACAUCCUGGAGGGUAGGAUUCAGGUGCCCUUCCCUGCCCAGUCCCUGGAGCGACCACCUGUUCAGGAGAGCUCAGCCCCAGAAGAGUCUGUAGGAGCCAGUGGGGAUUCAGAGCCAACCGUAGAGACAGAGGACCUUGAGGUGCGAGGCAGCCGCUUCUCAAAAUCUUCAGAUGAGAGAGAGAGGAUGCUGCGCCAGAGGAAAGAGGAGCUGCUGCAUAGAGCACGCAGACGCUAUCUGACAAAAAGCAAUGUAGACGACGCUUUUUUUUUCUCUGUUGCUGACUCUAAAGAGGAGGAUGAUAACGUCGUACCCGCUCUUGAAGAAGAGGGCUUCAUUUCAGACACUGUGACUGUUCGGCGCAGGAUGCUGGCAGCUGCAGCCGAGCGACGUAUACACAGGCAUUCAGACACACCCAUCUGAGAGGGUGACACAUCGGUGACUCCUGUCGUUCUGCCACAUUUCUAUCUUCCCAUGGUUGUGUCUGUGAAGGGGAAGGUAGCUCUUUGUCACUUUCUUCUCAUAUGAAGCCAAAACAUGCAUUACACACAUCUGUGCCAUGAUCCAGCCAUGGCCAGUCUGUAGCAGACCAGCUGUGUGUCUGAUAGGUUUCAGUGUUUUAAAACAUUUCUAUCGUGCACUUUUCAUGUGACAUGCCAGCUUGGCUGUGUCAGUGCAUGUGUCAUUUAUACCUUUUUAAAAUGUUAAGUUACUAAUCGGUCUAAACAACAAUGGGCUAAUCAGUAGAGUUCAGAACACAAAUUUAAACCUGACUCCUGGAAGUUCCUCGACCGAGUUCUUUCAGGACCACAGCAGUGCAAGUGUUGCUUUACAUUUAUUUUAGUUUGAGAAGGUUGCCUUUAGCUGUUUGUUCAAACUGUUCUGUUGUCAAGUGUGACUUUUAAACUCUGAGCUUUAUGAAGUCUAGUUUCAGUGAUUGUACCUUAAGCACAGGCUAAACUUGAGAAACCUGGUUAAGCUUGAGCUAAAGAAAAUUAUUGGCAUGUUUGGCAAAUUUAAAAUUUGCUGUGUCUGUAGGGGAGAUUUUUCUGGUUCAGAAAAAAGGUCUUUAACUCUUCCAAUUUUGGAGAGCUUAUUAGAAAUUGUAAGACAUAACAUGGUUAACUUCUCCCAGCAGUGUCAUGCUUCAGACGUGUGUGUCAUUUUGCACUGAUUUGAAUGCCUGUGUUUAAACUCAAUCCACAUUUAGGGUGUGUUGAACACUACAAACUGCCAGUCAGCUUUCUAUUGGAGUUGUUCAUCAAUUGAGCAGCUUGGGGUUUUUUUUUGUGUAUCAAUCGUGUAGCUUUGUGUUAUGAUCUCUUGUCAAGUUUUUGCUUUGGUGUUUGCAUUUGGUUGUGUUGCAUCAAUGAUUCAUAGCUUUGUAAGCAACAGCAAAAUGUUACUUAACAUGCUAUUACUCUGUCUUAUUGUAUGUAAGAGAAGCAUGACCUGAGCUGUUCAGAUUUGAUCAGGGUACAUGAAGACGUAAUGAGGGGCUCUAUUAUUUUGUUUGGGAUUCUGCUUAUAGUUGAGGGUAGGACAAUUUUCCAAUUCAGCAUGAGUGGCAAAACUUGUCAGCUUUUGUUUAAUUAUUUUUACUAAUUUCUAAUAUUUUUCAGCUUAAGGGAGAAAGAUCUAUUUUGCAUAAUAUAAAAAACUUUUUAAAUAAAAUGAAUGUGUUUAGCCUGGUAUUCUACCACUGAAGCAUACGCAAGGAUUCACCUAGCAUUCCCACAGUAAAUGCAGAGUGGAUAUGUGGCUUAUUAUUUUGACUUAAGUGAUCCUGCUUUAUAAGAACUUUUAAAUUGCUUACCAUUUAAUUCAUUUCUUUCAUUUUUGUCAUCUGUUUUUUGCCUCUUUCUAUGCAUGAACUCAUCGCUUAUAUUGCCUAACAAAGUAUUUCCAAAGAAACCACAAGUCAUUUUUACCUGAGGUUUGAAAUUGUGAUCGGUUUUUCUAGCGAUAAAGGUCAGGUUUGGAGCUCUAGCCUGUGCUCUUAUAGUUGUACCUUUGAUCAGUGUUUCUGUCCCUGAGAAACGUGGAAGCAUCUGAACUGUAGUGUCUCCACAAAACUAUUCACAUACAUUGUCAUUGCUGUUCACAUGUGGUUUACUUCUUACUGACCUUGUAUACUAAAUCUGAACUGUCUGAAUGCUUUUUCAAUUGAUUUUUCCCCAUUUGUGCCUAAAUUCACCCAUCAGUUGAACUGUAAAUAAUUUUGUAAUAAAGACUGUAUAAUAAUUGUUAAAUGACCCUAUAUAAAAUAAAAUUCAGAAUUAAUGAA